UCUGCCCUCGUCGCCAAGUGGAACAAGGCUAAGCCGGGCUUUUCUCAGGACGUCGUCGCGUACGACUCCGUGGGAUCCGGCGCGGGAAUCACGGGAUUUAAUGGCGGUACUUACCUCAUUGCCAUCUCCGACGACCCCAUGACCACCGCGCAAGAGGGCGGCGUCCCCGCCGGGGGCAAGGUUACCGUGCCGCUCUGCGUGUCCACCUUCAGCUUCUUCUACAACGGGAAGCCCGGCGUCGUGCUGACGGCUCCCCAGACCUACGCGAUCUUCAGCGGCACGACCACCGUCUGGUCCGGCAUUCCCGGCGCUGCAGGCAAGGUCGCGGGCACCAUCACUCGCGUUGCUCGCAGCGACAAGUCCGGAUCUUCUGCCAUCGUUAAGACGAUGUGGUCUAAGGCCGUGUCGGGCUACGGCGACGGCACGGACGGCACGUCCAUGACUUACGCUGGCCUCACCAAGGUGGAGGGCACGAGCGCCGUCUGCGCCGCAGUUCUCGGCACCAAGGGCGCCAUUGGUUACGCUUUCACCGGCGGCUGCACCACCGUGGCCAGCAAGCGCAUGGUUGCUUCGCUCAAAAACGCCAAUGGCGUUGCCGUUUCACCCCCGGCGUGGGUUCCCGGCGCUGCUCUCACCGGCUCCCCACCCGCAGCUGACGGGUCGUGGAACGCAGUGGAUUUCAUCUGGAAGGCCGGAGCGAAGACCCCGCCCAUGGUGUCGAUGGAGUACGGGUUCAUCCGCAAGUCGCUGACGGGUGUGACUGGCGGAAAGAUUGCCAAGGCGUUCAUGCAGUACAUGAUCGGCGCUCUCAAGAAUGGUGGGUAUGGGUUUAAUGCGGUGCCUGCUGGCUGGAGGAACCCUUCUGUUACCAUGGUGAAUGCCAUCACUGUGUAGUAAGGAUUAUUGCUGGUUCCGUGCU